AUGCAGAGCGCCACGCGGCUGACGCUGCUGCUGUGCGCGGCGUGGGCGGCCGCGCUGCUGUACGGCGAGAUGGGCGCCUACUGGGCCUCCUACCUCGCAUGCUCGUGGCCCUCGUCGUCGUCCUCCUCCUCGCCGCCGAAUAACCAUGUAAAGGUUGCUGUUGUUGCUGACCCACAGCUUAUGGACAGCACCUCUCUUGGUCUUCCAUCAAGCUCAGUUGCUCUCCAAGCUGCUGAGUUUUACACGGAUUUGAACAUGAGAAGGUCCUUCCAGUCUACCAUACUGCCAUUCAAACCUGAUGUGGUCUUAUUUCUUGGUGAUCACUUUGAUGGAGGCCCUUACAUGUCCGAUGAAGAGUGGCAGGAGUCAUUGUUUCGAUUUAAACAUAUAUUCAGCCUGAAUGAACAAAGAACAAAGCCACAGAUCCCUGUUUACUACCUUUCAGGAAAUCAUGAUAUUGGUUACUCAGCAUUUCAUUCAGUUCAUCCUGAGGUGCUCAGUCGGUAUGAAAAAGAAUUUGGACCAAGAAAUUAUCAAUUUUCUGCUGGGAAGGUGGACUUUGUUGUUGUUGAUGCCCAAACACUUGAUGGUAAUGCAUCAAACCCAAAGGUUCUACUAACGCAUAUUCCACUAUACCGACCUGAUAACUCUCCUUGUGGCCCACAUCGUUCUUCACCUAUUAUAAAUCAGAGGGUAUCUUAUGCUGCCUUAGACCAAGGAAUCGCCUACCAAAAUUAUCUAACUAAAGAGACUUCUGACCUUUUGCUAAGCUUGUUGAAGCCGGUCCUUGUGCUCUCAGGCCAUGAUCAUGACCAAUGCACAGUCGUCCACUCCACUCCUUUUGGGCCAGUUACAGAGUACACGCUGGGGACAAUAAGUUGGCAGCAAGGAAAUCUCUAUCCAUCUUUUAUGCUGCUAUCUGCUGGACCCAAGGUGUCACAAAAUUCAACUGAUCUGGAACAUGAGGUUGUGACAAACCUUUGUUUUCUGCCUAAACAAACCCAUAUUUAUGUCUGGUAUAUCUGCCAGUUUGUAGUGACCAUCCUUCUCCUAGUAUUUUGGCCAACAAAUGGUCUCAGUUCUCUUCCAUACAUGAACACAUUCGUGAGCUUCAUGAGGUCGGUGGGUGCCGAACUGCUUUCAAGAACCAAGGAAAAAGAUGAUGAGGAAGAUGGUGAAUAUGAUAUGAUUUUUGAUGCGGAAGGGUCCAUGCACCUCGUUAAAAAGGUAGUGGCAAAGACCCCAAGUGCUAGCUCAGACUCCAGACCUACAGGGCGUGGAAGUGUUGUUGCAAGGGCAACAGCAGGAAAACACCAAUUGGAGCCUGAUUCCUCAUCUAUUCAUGUCGACAUGGGUUCUGAGAUGACAUCAGAAGAUGGAGGGAAGUUGGCCCGUGGUAGCAAAUCGAGAGUAAGGAAGGUGCUCCAACGGCUGUUCCGUGUCAUUCAGUCGAUUGUUGUCAUUGCUGCUCUGAAUGUCCCCCUGUACAUGAUGCUUCUGUUCAAGGAUUGGAUUGAUCGUUGA